UCUCAUGUUGCGCUUUGCUGCUGAAAUGAGCAGCACGUCAGGAGACACUUUGUAGGAGUUGUUGGUUCUUCUCUGCUUUGCUGCCUUGCUGUUUUUCUUGGGACUGUUUGGUACUCUCUCAGGACCAGUCAGUGAGCAGUUGAGUAUCAGCAGAAACAGUGGGGUCAGUCAGGUGCGGAGCUGGAUGUAUGAGAAGGAUUCAUGGGCCUGAAGGACCAUCUGGAGGAUGGGACAGGCCACAUCCUCAGCCCGGGGCUGGAUCUGGACUACCUACAUGUGGAAGGUGCUGAGCGGCAGGCUGGGAAUUUAGGAGCAGGUGCCACAGUUAAAAGCAGUAAUACUGCUGGUAGCAGAAGCAUUAGCUGUAGCAUUCAUUCAAGCAGCAGCAGCAGUUGCAGUAACUUUUCUGAGGAGAGUGCCAUCUCUGACAGUGAAGAUGAACGGCUCCAGACUGGGUCUGGUUCUGAAUUUAAAACCCCGCACCACGAUCAGCCUCGCCUACACCAAAGGGAGUCCUCCUCAGUCUGUCAGCCAGUCAGGCUGGACCUGACGCCAAAUCAAUCCCCUGGAGACCCCUCAGAAACAGCUUUGACUGACCCCAUCACAGACUGCCGCACAAAGGUGGAGUUUGCUCUCAAGCUAGGCUACUCUGAAGAACUGGUGUUGCUGGUCCUGAGGAAACUUGGCCCUGACGCGCUUAUCAAUGAUAUGCUAGGAGAGCUGGUGAAACUGGGAACCAAAACAGAGAUGGAUCAGCAAGGAGGUCCAACUGUCUCUCAGUCUCCCUCCUCCUCUUUGUCCUCCACAACGGCCUCGUCCUCCUCCAACUCCUGUCUGGAUUCUUCUCGGCCGCUGUGUCCAUCCCACCUGCUGGAAGACAAAGAAAACCUUCGUCCCGUCGUUGUGGAUGGAAGCAACGUAGCAAUGAGUCAUGGGAAUAAGGAAGUGUUUUCCUGCCAAGGCAUCCAGCUGGCAGUUGAUUGGUUCUUGGAGCGAGGUCACCGUGACAUCACUGUUUUUGUCCCUGCCUGGAGAAAGGAGCAGUCGCGUCCUGAUGCUCUUAUCACAGACCAAGAGAUCCUGCGGCGUCUAGAGAAAGAGAAGAUCCUGGUUUUCACUCCAUCUCGACGUGUGCAAGGACGUCGCGUGGUUUGCUAUGAUGACAGAUUCAUCGUCAAACUGGCCUACGAGUCAGACGGCAUAAUUGUUUCGAACGACAACUACCGCGAUUUAGCCAAUGAGAAGCCAGAGUGGAAGAAAUUCAUUGAUGAACGCCUGCUGAUGUACUCGUUUGUAAAUGACAAAUUCAUGCCCCCUGAUGACCCACUGGGACGCCAUGGACCUAGUCUUGAGAAUUUCCUGAGGAAGAGGCCUGUUAUUCCUGAACACAGAAAACAGCCAUGUCCUUACGGAAAAAAGUGCACAUAUGGCCAUAAGUGCAAGUUCUAUCACCCUGAAAGGGGUAGUCAGCCCCAGCGAGCUGUGGCAGAUGAGCUCCGUGCCAGUGCCAAAAUUUCAUCAGUAUCUUCCAGAGGCCUGCUGGAACAUGCCCUGAUGGCAAAGAGCCAAAAAAAUGGUCAACCAGAAGGAAUGGCUGAGGCCCAGCUAAGUCGGGACACUGGGAAAAAAAAGCCAAAUCAGAGCCCUCGGAGCUCUUUCAGUGAGCACAAGCAGGACAAAUUCCAGGUCUAUUCCAAAGCAGAAGAACAGAGGGGUGGGAGCAGUAGUAGCAACAUUGUAGGGCAUCCUGCUCCGGGGGGGCCGCCUUCAUCAGGACAUCUGGAAAGAUGGGAGCACCCUGAGGGAAGUAGUGGAGGCAGCUCCAGUGUUGUUGAGGCUUCAGGAUCAAGAAAAGCAGACUCUUAUCACAGAUGCAGCUCUCCGGAGGUGGGCUACAACUCACUAGUAAAGGCUUAUUCAGGUCUCAGUCUUGUAGUGCCACAGACUCCUGAACGCUUCUUUACAGGCGAUCUACGCACAAGUUCAUUGGCUUCAGACUGUAGCAGUGACAGCAGUGUCAGCUCAGAUUCUUUUUCUCCUGACCCCGUGUUAGAUGAUAGCCCCAAGUGUCAUCACCAUCAUCCUCGCCACCAUCAUCAUCACUACUCUGGUCAGUACCCCUACCAGGCAAGACUUGUUUCUCCUAGACUGAGCCAGCAUUCUCCUCGUAGCCAUGUCCUUCCUCAAGGACUUUGGAGACCACAUGGUUUUGGCAUAGAAGACCUUCCAUCUUCUAUUACCUCUCAUGCCUCGCCACAGCAUGUCAAGGCCCGUUCAGUCUACAUCCCACCCCAGCAACAUGUUCAGUUGCUGGGCAAUUGCCCAGGGGAACCAUCUCGUCCACAACAUCCACCCCAAACUCCCACUGCUCACUCCCACUCUCAGAGCUUCCCUCACAGCCACAAUCCAAUGGGCUCCCUCUGGCAGGAACACAGGCUUCAGGACGCCCGAGUGUGUGAAGGAUCACCAAUUCACCCUAUAAGAAACUACUUGGGGCUAAACCAACAACCUCAGCACCAGAUGAACUGGGACCCUAAUUAUGAGCCACCCCCUAAGCCUUCCUAUGAUCUGUUUUCCUCCAAGAGUCUUCCACAAGUCCAUGGCAAGACUUGGCACUCUCCUUGGGGCCAGCAAGUUCAUUCAUCACCCCAUGGCCUUUUAAUAUCAGGUCUUUCAUCACUCCCACAGCAGUCUCUUCCACCUGCACCUACCCACAAGAGCCACAUGCCCUCAGCAACCCAUCACCCAAAGUCAACUGCCUUGGGUCAAUACCAAGACCUUAGGGAGAGGGUGUUUGUUAACUUGUGUGGGAUCUUCCCUCCAGAUUUGGUGAGGAUGGUAAUGACUAGGAAUCCACAUGUGACAGAUGCUCAGGAGCUUGCAGCUGCAAUUUUAAUGGAGAAAUCACAGCAGAGUUCUUGAAUAAAGACAGAAGUUGAAGGAAAGUCUUCAUCCUAACUAAACUCAUAUUUGCAGGAUUAUUCGCUGUAAGCUUAAUAAUAAAGUCAGGUUGGACAUAAUUACAAAAUAUGAGACUCCUUAAGCUCACUCACUUUUUUUUAAGUCAUUUUAAUGAUAUUUUUGUAAAGGGAAAUACCAAAAUUGACAUACUUUUUUUUCUAGAAAUAUGCCUGCUAUUUCAGAACCUAAGACUGGGAAAGGUAAAGGUGUAUUUGCAAGUUCCAGCUAUUUUUAAUUAUGAGUCAAAACACCAGUGUGCUUAGGAAGGCUUUUAAG